AUGAUCCAUCUAGUGGCAUCUAAAGCGUGCCUUAAGCUGCCAAGAUCGGUGGAAGAUUUUUUAAGCAGUAUACGAGCCCAUUUUAGCCGAAGCACUAAGAGGAAAAACAAUUUAAAAGAGUUUCAGGAUUUUUUUGGAGUCGACAUUCAUAAGAUAUUAAGCCCGGCAACAACAAGGUGGCUAUCAUUAGAGGCAUGUGUCAAUAGCACCUUGGAACAAUAUCAGAUACUCGGUGACUACUUCAAAUUGGAAGUAGGUAUUCGAGGAUCCAAGCACAAUAACUGA